GCCUCUGUCCCCAGUACAACCUGUGUCGCUGCCGCAGCCGCUUGUGUCUGUCUCUGAUCGCCGCAAACAUGACGGUGAAGCAUCUGGACCAAGGCCAGCACCACAGGCCGAGGAUGGCGUUCCUGAGGAAGAUUGAGGCGCUGUUGCUGGAGAUGCAGGACGUGGAGAUCGGCAUUAAGAUGCACACGCAAAGACUGAUGAUCACCACCAUCCCCCACGCCAUCACAGGACACGAUAUUCUGGAGUGGAUCAUCCAGCGACUGCAGAUUGCGGAUGAAGAGGGGCAGCACCUGGGGAACCUGAUGGUGAAGUGCGGCUACGUCUACCCCCUGCAGGAGCCCACCAACCUGGUCCUGAAGCCCGACAGCAGCCUCUACAGGUUCCAGACGCCCUAUUUUUGGCCGACGCAGCAGUGGCCGGCGGAGGACACCGACUACGCGAUUUAUUUGGCAAAGAAGAACAUCCGUAAGAAGGGAAUUCUGGAGGAAUAUGAGAAGGAAAACUACAGCAAUCUGAACAAGAAAAUCAACCACAAGUGGGACUUCGUGGUCAUGCAGGCGAAGGAGCAGUACAAGGCAGGAAAGGAGCGGAAAAAGUCGGACCGGGUUGUGCUGGACUGUCAGGAGAAGGCGUACUGGCUGGUGCAGCGCCCCCCGCCCGGAUCGCUGGACGCCCUGGAGUACGGGAUGGACCGCGCCACGGACCCCAAUGUCGUCAAGAAGACGACGGUGGAUUUCUACAGGAGGGAGAUCAUGUAUUAUCAGCAGUCACUGAUGAGAUCCACAGUAAAGUCCUCCGUGUCCCUCACCGGGAUGGUGAAGUAUUGUGAGCAGUAUUUCACACACGACCCCAUCAUGUCCGGCUGCCUCCCCAGUAACCCCUGGAUCACAGACGACACCCUGUUCUUGGAGCUGAACGCCAAGCUAGUGGAGAUUCCUACGAAGCUGCGGGUCGAGCGCUGGGCCUUUAAUUUCAGCGAGCUGAUCCGCGAUCCUAAAGGACGGCAAAGCUUCCAGCAAUUCCUCAAGAAAGAGUUCAGCGGGGAGAACAUGAGUUUCUGGGAGGCUUGUGAGGACCUGAAAUACGGCGAUCAGUCCAAGGUGAAGGACAAGGCGGAGGAGAUCUACAAGUUGUUCCUCGCUCCUGGCGCCAGACGCUGGAUCAAUAUAGACGGUAAAACUAUGGAAAUCACGGUGAAGGGGCUGAAGCACCCGCACCGCUACGUGCUGGACGCCGCACAGACGCACAUCUACAUGCUGAUGAAAAAGGAUUCGUACGCCAGGUACCUGAAGUCUCCCAUCUACAAGGAGAUGCUGAACAAGGCCGUCGUCCCGCAGGAGACCAAGAAAAGUAAUUUCCCGUUCAUGCGGCGACAUCGGAGGUCGAGUCCCAGCCCGGUGAUCCUGCGCCAGCUGGAGGAGGAGGCCAAGGCGAGAGAAGCCGCCAACACUGUGGAUAUCACACAGCUGUGCCAUUACACCGCUCCAAUACCUCACCUGACGGUCUACACCGGUACCUGUGCCCCCCCCUCCCCGGCGAGUCCUUUCCUGCCCUGCCAGCCCAGACUGGAGCUCUCCACGCCGUCUCCCGGACACGUCACUUUACCAAACUGUGCCGCCUGCCCUUCUCCUAUUAGCGUGGCGAUAGAGAGCACGCCGGGCGUGGAGAGAAAGUGGGAGCCCAGCGAGGCCCGCCAGUCCGACAACCAGUACCCCUCCAACGACAACACAGAGGUGUCUUUCGGAUCGGAGUCUGGCGGGAACUACCUGUCCGUCCCGCUGGAGAUCAAGACGGCUCCAAAAUCCAAGGUGACCCUGUCCUUUAGCAAGCUGCUGAAACGAGGGUGCUCCAACUCGCCUGUUUUUGCCACCCUCUCACCCAAGUGCCCGGCGGUGAAUCACGGCAAAGUGCAGCCGCUGAACGAGCUGGAGCAGCAACUCCAACAGACGAAGAAGGUGACCAACUUCUUCCAGAUUAAGGUGGACAUCCCCGCGGAGUGCCGGAUCUACCCCAUGGACUCUGAGGAGGAGGAGGGGGGCCCGCUGGCCUGUAAGGACUCCAUCCAGGAGGUGAUCUGCCCCUGGGAGAACAUCCUGGAAGAGGGGAAGGCCGGAUAAGCGGCGCCCGGAGCCACCCAGAUAACCAAGUGCAUUAGGAUCCGCAGCGAUCGCCUCCACCAUUAACCAGUUCACUGCCGGCGGGGGUCGGAGCUCCUCUGUCACUGAAGCACAGCAGUAUUAGCCAAAACCCCCUGCCCUCCACCCUGGCCGCUGCUUCGGGGGUGACUAGGGUCUAGCAUGGUGUAGCCCAUCAGUCCUCCUCUGUUCAGUGUCACUUGUGUUGCCUCAGUGUGAUCCGGGCGAUAUCGGGGGCGGGCACCCCAGUAUCUGCAGAUCCCACCUCAUCAUCUACCUCCAAUGUAUGGCUACCCGGGGGCCCCCAGCGCCAGGGGCCAUGGUAAAGCUGAGGAGCAACCUCAUGUGCUGUACUCCAGUCACUGCCAGAGCUGCAUGUACAAUUCUGCAGUUACAUCAUGUCAUACUCCAGUCACUGCCAGAGCUGCAUGUACAAUUCUGCAGUUACAUCAUGUCAUACUCCAGUCACUGCCAGAGCUGCAUGUACAAUUCUGCAGUUUGCUCAUGCUCCAGUUACAUCCAGAGCUGGUGGCAGUAUUAUGCGCUGUUGCAUCUCUAGUGCAGCACAGUGCAAUGCAUUAUGGGAGUUCUGUCACAAUGUAGCGGUGGUUCCUGGGUGUCAGGGAUCAGCACUCCAGCUGUAGUGAAACUACAACUCCCAGCAGGAACACUUACUCAGCUGUAUAGAUGUGAAAGGGAGUUGUAGUUUAAGAACAGUCAGAGGUUGCUGAUUCCUGCGGUAUAUGGAGAACAGAAGGUGAUGUAAGACUGACUGCAGCUCUGGAUGUGACCAGAGUAGGAGACAUCGAACAGCAGCUGCAGCUCUGGAUGUGAUUGCAGUGAUUUGUCACCAAAUUAUGAAGAUUCUCCCCAUAUGUUGACAAAACCAUCCCUGUGCAGGGGUGCGGUAUAGAGGUGGGGUGCAGGGGUGCGGUAUAGAGGUGGGGUGCAGGGGUGCGGUAUAGAGGUGGGGUGCAGGGGUGUGGUAUAGAGGUGGGGUGCAGGGGUGCGGUAUAGAGGUGAGGUGAGGUUCAGGGGUGCGGUAUAGAGGUGGGGUGCGGUAUAGA